CUGUUCUCGACUUGGAAAAUGUCACUCGGUUGAAUUAUGUUUUGAAAUUGUUUUCUUUUGUAUUGGUUUUCAAAUAGAUUUAAUUAAUUUCGUGCAAUGUGGAAUAAGUUCUAAAUUGUGCAGUGCAUCAGCAAGUUCCUUCACAUUGAUAAUGAGUUCGGCAGAGAUGUCAUAUCACAUAAAAAUAAAUCGAUAUAAUUUUCGUAAGAAAAUCGUCAUAUAAAACCGGCGAUCGUAAUAUUAAUUUUAUUGUUUAACAAAAACCAAUUAUUAUUAAAAUAGGGUCGAUCGAUCGAGUGCAAUUUUAGAAUCAUCGAAAUAUAUUUAUAGCCAAUCAUGUCUUUUCGCCAUUUAGGGAAAUUAUUUAAAACGAAAAAGACUGAUAAACAGGAAAGUAAAGAAAUCUCAUUACCAACAGAAGGGUUCCACAAGAGCAUUCAGAUGUUGCUAGCUUACUCAGGGCAACAGCUCACUGAAACUGGCCUGGAAAGCAGAGAAGUUUUAUUAGACAGUCCGUCCCGCUGCGGGCUCCACAGUGUGGCAGUGCUCCGCUGCCUCGGCCGUAGCCAUGGAGUCGCCGGCGCAGACCCCUUUGAGGACCUGGAGAUUGACAAGAUUGUGGAUGUUUUUAUUGACCUGUUGAACAAGAUACAUGAUGUAGGAGCAGAAGAGUUGGAUUCCCGAGCUAGUCCAUUCGACGAACAGAUGGCGCUGGCGUGCCUCGCUAAACUAGACGCUGUUGUGGCCACUAACAGGGGCCACCUAGCGCUCAAUAAGUUAACCUGGGCGGAUUUCCUGCUGGCCGGUAUGUGGGAACACGUGAGGCAGGCACUGGACCUGACUAGCGAACAGUUUGCCAACAUGGAACUACUGGUUCAACAGCUGACUGCGGUGCCAGCUGUAAGGACGGCUUUGGAACAAACCCAAGACAGUGCUUAGACGUUUUUUUUUUAAUUAAUCUUGUUUUUUUUAGACUACCUUUUGAAUAUCUUUGAUAGGUACUUUUAAUUCGAAAUUGAAUUCUCUAAUUUUAACUAAAAUUUAUACUGAAUUUGAGUCGGAUUCGAAAAAAAUAUCAAAAUGGUUAGGUCGUAUGAGACUUUUUUUUUAAAUAAGUGCCUUUUACGUUGCUCUUUGAUCUCAUAUUAUUAUCAAGCUAGUCCGAGGAAAAAUAAGCUUCUUUUCAAAGUUAUGGUUAGUAAAAUAAAAUAUAAGUCAAUUGUUACACCUUUAGCUGCCGUAAAAUACAUUCUUACCGGAUUCCAUAACUGAAAACCUACCGCGAACCACUUUCGACGUGUUCCAUCUCUGUCGCACUUUUUUUUUCGUACAGCCUGGCAAAGAGUAGAAAUGAUAGGAACGCCACCGUUUAUGUAAACCGUUUUACAUGUGGCAACUAUUGAGUCAGAGUUUUGUAUGAAAAAUGUAAGUGUUGC